UAGUUUGCAGCUAAUUUACUUCAUUCACACAAAUAUAUCAGCUUAAAAUGGUCGAGAAAACUUUGCUGAAAAUCAAGUGUAGAUAAAAAUGCUCUAAUGCUCUAAGAACCGGCGGGAAACGGCGACAAAUAGGGACACUAGCGGGUCCACCUGGAGGCCACUGAAAGGAAAGGGACUUGAAGAAGGUAUUCUAGCACUACCUAAAAUAUAAACUUCACCAUGGCUCUGGUGGACGAAAGCAACUACGCCUAUGUGAAGCAGGUGGCUCUGGACUGGCGGGAGCUGGUGCGCGAGAAGCGGCAGAGCAAUCUCUUCUCGCCCGUGAUGAGCAUGCAGACGGUGGAGUCGCAACAGCGGAUGGCGGACACGAAGUCGCGGACGCAGUCGAUGAUUCCGGCGGAGAGACGCGAGUCCAGCUUCUACCGGCACCGCUUCUCGCAGCCGGCCAAGCCCGUGGAGAUUGAGUGCCAGGAGCCCUUGUCCAUGGAGCCGGACCGCAUUCGGGUCAGCGGAGACGUUCUACUCUACAUCUACCAACCGAUCUUAGUGUCAAGGGACAGGAUGGCCUCCAUUCAAGUCUUGUCGCCCAGUGACCUGAGCAUAGUGUCGGCCAAACCGGAGAAGCCUAUUGGAGAAGAGAAAGCAACGCCUAAGGUGGACCUCGAUCUAACACCCGAGUCCAAGUCGCCAUAACCUUUGAAUCCGGUGAUUCUUUUUGUACCAUCCUAAACGUUUAGCACUUGUGAGCAAUAAAGCAAAUGUGAAUUUGGCCAUUUUAACAGAAA